AAGAUGGAAUCCAAGCAAAAAAUUUAUGACCGUAUGAAGAAGGACCUGAAAGCCAUUACGUCCAAUGAUUCUAGCUUUGAUUUGACGAAAAAAAGAAAGGCGCAGUUAAUACUUGAUCGCUGGAAGACCAUUAUGGACGACUUUAUGAGAGGAUAUGAUCGAGUUAUGGUGAAGAUCAUGAAGUCGGACUGUCAGCGCGUUUUCAAAGAGGAUUGGAAACGUAGACUUGAACAAAAGCAAGAUGAAGGUGCUACAGAUCAGUCUGAUUUGCAAAAUGAGUUAUCCAAACGUGCUUUUAUAAUUAUUGUAAAAGCCUUUGAUGAUUUAGUUGGCAAAAUUAAUUUUAACAGUAGAAGAUGCAUGGAAACCUUGGCUAAGCAUGAUGGUAUCCUGACAGCAGUCCAUGUCAAUGCCAAGUCAAUGGAAGUGGGAUUCAUGGAGGUUGUUGGAAAUGCUAUAAUUGUUGAUCUCAAAAAGCAGGCAGAAGAUAAGGAGAAGCUUUUCAAAGUAAUGCAAGUCUCAAUAUUCUAUCAGUGCCAGCAUCAUCAGGAACGUGGUGCAACAGAAGAUCAAAUCUUGAAUAUUCAGCUUUGGCAUUUUAGUAUAUCUAUGCAUCGCACAAAUGGUGGACUUCAUAUUACCAAUGUUAUGGAGAAUUUCACAAUACCAGACAAUGUUGACCAGGCAUAUGUGUUGGAAGAAAUUGUGAACAAGGUCUACUUUUUCAAGAGUAGGCUUAUGGAUUAUUACAUAGCACUGCAGGAAGUUUCUCGGAAGACACAGAGCUACAAGGUUUCAUCAGAACAUCCUCUAAAUGCAUCACCAUCGAAACGUCGGUCUCAGAAAUACUGA